AUGGACGCCCUUCCUAUUCAUCCAUACUACCCCCUCGAUGUUGAAAUAGCCGACUACGUCGCGAAUGAAUGGGGGACGCUGACCCUGGUCUCGAUCUUCGCCGCCGUCUGCACUGCCGUCUUCACAGUGACCUACGCGGUGGUCAAGAAAGCACGACCAAACAUAGCUGCAGGCGAAAUAUGGACAAUUCUGUGGUUCGUCUUAUCCGGCUGCAUCCACCUCAUCCUGGAGGGCUACUACGUCUACCACUUCCAGCACCUAGCCAGCAAACAGACCGUCCUGGGCCAACUCUGGAAAGAAUAUGCUCUCUCAGAUUCACGAUACCUCACCCAGGACGCGUUCAAUCUCUGCAUGGAAACCAUCACGGCUGUCUUCUGGGGUCCGCUGUCGUUCCUGCUGGCUGGCCUGAUCACGACGAACCACCACCUGCGACAUCCCCUGCAGUUGGUCGUAUCGCUUGGUCAGCUCUACGGUGAUAUUUUAUACUAUGCCACUGCGCUUUUCAAUCAUGUUGUGCAUCGCAUGUCGUAUUCUAGGCCCGAGGGUUGUUACUUUUGGGGGUAUUUUGUUUUUAUGAAUGUUUUCUGGGUCGUUAUUCCUUCUGUCCUUCUGUAUCAGAGCAUCAUGGCUAGCGGUAGGGUAUUUCUGAAGACGCAGGCUGGGUCGAACGGCACAGCAAAGAAGGUUAACUAGAACAUCCAUGAUUCUGCUCGAGUUGCUGACCCAAGAAGGAUCAUCUCAUAUCAGCAUGUCUAAUAUCCGUGAAUGGAAAUAUCCAUAGAUACAUAGUCACAAUGAGAUAUCCCAAGAGACCAUACGUGUCCUG